AUGUCCGAAACAGUAAACCUAGAUGAUUCUAUGCCAAUUAUUAAAGUAGAAAAUGUGGAACGUGAUUCAAGUGAAGAGCCUGAGCAGUUUGAAACGGCACAAGCGUUGUUAAACCCGUCAAUAUUUGGACCUAGCGUGUCGUGCAAUACAGCACCACAAGAAGAUGAUCAUUCGUUAAGCCAACAAUGGGACAGUGAAGGUAGUCUUACUGAUUUGGGCAUUCAAAACACCUUCAAUAAAGAGAUGUGCGAUGCUACGAUACCUUCCAUUGAGUCGUUGAUGCCAAUAGUUGCAGAAGCUCUUACUGGUACUGAAGCAAAACGAAGCGCUAACUUUUUUAACUCUAGCACGAGGAGAGGUAGACCAAGGAAAUAUCCACUGCCUGUAAGUUUUUAUCUUUAUCAUUACUGUUUUAUUAAGAAGUUGUUAUUUAUGAGUCAUUUUAGGAUCCGAACGUUCCAAAACGGCCUAGGGGAAGGCCGCGCACUUUAGAUGGUCAUCCGUUAGAUGGUGCCAGCACUCCAGCUUCAGAUAAGCGUGACGCUAGAUCUAUUCUGACAAAUUCAAAACUUUUACAUGAUUUCAAUUUACAAAAACCAAUCGGGAACAAAAAUUUGAUCUGCAAAAAACCUCGAGGCCGACCCCGGAUUCGCCCAUUGCCGGUUGGUUUUCGUGUUAAAAAAAUUUUGCCAAGAAAUCUUUAAGUUAAAUAUGCUCUUUUCUUAUUAAUGUCCGCGUGUUUAUAGGACCCGUCAAUUCCAAAGCGAUCUCGAGGCAGACCACGGAUGUCCGAAGGCUAUGUAAAUCCAAAUAAAGAAUCAUCAAUAUUAGCAAUUCUGGUAAGUACUCAAUUUUUAGAUGUUCAACUUAAUUUGUGUUUCUGUAUUAUUACUUAAUGACGUUUUUAGAAUUCAACUGAACCAAAAUUAGACCAGCCUUCUUGGCUGCAACAGGCUGCUCAACCCGACCCAACAGAACAAUUACUAAAAUUUCUAAACCGAGUUGUAAAUCAGCCCUCCGAGUCUUCGUCGAGGUCAUGUUCGAGCACACCGUUGGAAGGCGGGCUAAACAGUAAUGUAGGUAGUUUUUUAGUUUAAGUCUGAAUUAACCAUUAAGUACAAUUUUUUUGUGUAGGUAUAUUUUUUUAUAAUUUGUUUAAAUCGUCACGUAUAGUAUUUUUUGUUUUAGUUUUUACAUACUAAAAAUAAUUUUUUAGUUGAUUGAAAAAACAAAAAGUAUUGGCAACACCAAUGAUGAUGAACAUCCAGAUAAUACCGAGUUUUAUCCAAGUAUUCAAGGUUUGGAGUAAGCUUUAACUUUUCGUUUAAUUUUUUGUAAACCAGUAAUUGGAACUAAUUAUAUCAGUUGUUUCAUGCUUAAUAUAGUUGAAUGCCAUUUAGGCCUACCAGUCCUACUUACCGUAACCUAUGGAAUUUGCAUCGAUUAGGCGAACGAGAAAUCAUUUUUCCCACAUCGUCGUUGGAGUUGGUGUUGAAUGAAAACUCGUUAAUGGCAUUGCCUCAAAACGGUCAUCAAAUCAAGGAUAUAUUGGUAUUUCCAUCACCAGAAUCUAAUUGUACGUGUAGCUUUGAGUUGGCUGAAUCUGAAUGUCGUCAAUAUUUGGGCCUAAGGUUACGGUCACAAAAGACAUGUUCGUGGAAAGUCAGUAUGGCCAAGUUAGACGGAGUUCGCUUUCUAUGGCCGUUUAAAAGUUCUUAA